AUGCAUAAUUUGUCGGCGCCUACACGAAGAGAUGCGUUUCUACUCUUCCUCGUAUUCAUUUCACUGUUAUGGUUCUCGAGAGCGGGCUAUGGUACACGCGAGACGAAAUUCUGGCAUGACGACAAGUCAGAUGCGUCUAAUGCACGUCUUCCAGCGUCUGUCGAGCCUUGGAGGACGCGAAUAUCGUGGUCGAAUGGGCGUAUGCCAAAUACCCGUGUAGUAUCUCAUGUACCUGGAUGGACUAUUUUUGAUAACCUCUUUGUCUUGAACGGCACUGUUUUUGUCGUGACGGAUUUCCCAUCAAGUAUUCCUGACCUUCUCACCGUCACCUCGACUGGCGUAGAAAUUCACAAUGGAAAAGAGGCCGUCGAUAGUCGAACACCAGGGAACCGCGAGAUGCGAGUUAUUUCCCCUGAUCAAGCUCAAAAGCUAUUCGGCUCUAGUGUGGAGUCCAUUGAUGGUGUAACAUGGCUCGUCAACGAUCCUCCUCAAUUCAUUACCCACUAUUAUCACUGGUCGGCCGAACUCUUUUUCGGGUUCUGGCGUACAUAUACCUCUUUAGACACUUCCAUCAAUGACAUGGGGAAAUCGUCGCUUCCCGCUCUCCGCCGAAUAUUCUUUCCCCAUGCGGAUGCGGACCAUUGGAGGGACUAUGCCUUGAUGAACCAAUGGGUCCUGCGCAGCGCCUUUCCCUCUCUGACGAUAGAAUACUUGAAUGACUGGGAAGACCGCGCAGCUAUGGGACGCCCGAUCAUGUUGGACCGCGUGAUCUUUAGUGACCGAGCUGCCGCCAUGCAUGGCAACCAUUUCCUUGCCACCGGGCGAACAGCAUCAGAGCCGUCUGCCUUGCCUGGCAGCGCGCAUUGGUGGAGCACCAUUCGUGCGAACGUUAUUCGCGUUUGUGGGCUAGAUCCGAACGUAAUCGGUGAUAUGGCGCAAACACCUGUUAUCACGUACAUAUCGCGCCAAGAGUGGGGCCGUCGUAUGCUUAUACAAGAGGAUCAUGAGCGCCUUGUGGAGGAGCUUUAUAAGCUUCGCGACUUGUAUGGGUAUGAGGUGAACGUCGUCAGCAUGGACAAGCUUUCUCGAGUCGAGCAGCUUACUCUUGCAGCGCGGACCACCAUCAUGAUGGGUGUCCACGGUAAUGGGCUCACGUCACUAGUUUGGAUGAGGCCAUCGCCUCGAGCUACGGUAAUGGAAUUUUUCUUCCCUGGAGGCUUCGCCCAUGACUAUGAGUACACCACCGGCGCACUUGGAAUGACGCAUUAUGGGUUCUGGGGCGACGAGUACUUUACGAGUCCUAACACCCCACUGCCGGCGUACCCUGAUGGGUUUCAGGGAACAAGCAUUCCUAUAGAUGGAGCUGCCGUGGCGAAGUUGUGUCACGAGAGGCUUCAGCUCCGGUGA